UGAUUAAAAAAAAAAACUUUUCGGGCCUCACAUAAUUCAUCUCCAACCCACACUAUCCGCCAAAAUAACGUCGUUCAUAAACCCCUAUAAAGGAGGCCUCUUUUAUGUGAGAAACAACAACAACGACGACGACGACAAUGUCUCUCUCAGUAUCUGAUUUUCUCCUAAAUUUUCCGGGAAAGCAGGAGAAAAUGGAAGGAGAGAUCCAGAGGUUCAUCAUGGUCUGGGCUUCUGCCAUGCUUGCACUCUGUUAUUGUCACACAAUUGGCAGAAUCACCAAACCAGGAAAAUCUAGAUUUCUUGCAUUUCUACCUGUUGUCCUUCUCUUCCUCUACCUCCCACUCAAUCUUCACGCAGUCUUUCUUGUGGGUCCCACAUCUUUCUUCCUUUCAUGGCUCGCCCCUUUCCGCAUCCUCCUCUUCGCUGCCGGUAAGGGUCCUCUGUCUUCCACCUCCCCUGCUCUUUCCCUUCAACAGUUCCUACUAGUCUCUUGUCUUCCGAUCAAGAUCCGACGAAACAAACCCGACCCGUCUCUUAAAACCCACAAAUCCCCCUUGAAUUACUCCGUCAAGUCUCUGAUUUUUGCUACGGCAGUCCCGAUUUUUCAAAACAAAGAAAAAAUCAAUCCCAACCUUAUAAAGCUGUCGUAUUGUGUUUACUUGUAUUGCGCUUUGGAGCUGUUUUUGGCUAUGAUUGCAGCCAUGGCUCGAGCUUGGCUCGGCGUGGAGUUCGAGCCGCAGUUCAAUGAGCCGUACCUCGCCACUUCAAUACAGGACUUUUGGGGGAGAAGAUGGAAUCUCAUGGUCACGAGUACUCUGCACGCGACGGUCUACGACCCGGUCCGGAAGGUUUCGACCAGAGUUUUCGGAAGCAAAUUAGCGCCUCUACCGGCGGUUGUGGCUACCUUUCUGGUGUCCGGCCUGAUGCACGAGCUGAUCUUCUUCUACAUUGGAAGAAAACCCCCGAAUUGGGAGCUCACAUGCUUCUUUGUUCUACACGGGGUGUGUAUGGCUAUCGAGCUCGUCGUGAAGAAGGAGGUGAACGGGAAAUUGAGGCUGCCGACGAUUGUUACCGGGCCGGUGGUGGUGGCGUUCGCUUUGGCAACCGGUAUUUGGCUGUUCAUGCCGGCGGUUUUACGGUCGGAAAUUGACGUGAAGGCGAACAGGGAGUGUAUUGCUUUUAUUGAAUUUGUUAAAGGUGUUGGUACUGAUUUCGAAUACGCACCGUUUAAGGUAAUUACUGACUAGUCGUUAGGUUGUACAAUUAUUUCAUAAAUGACUUAUAUGUCUACAUAUUUUUAAGGCAGAAUCAUACAUGGGAUGAUGACUUUGUGGUCUUAAUCUCCUACCUUAACUUUUUAUCCAAACUUCUUAAUUUUA